AUGGAUCAGAGUCUGGUCGAAGCAUGGACGGUCGCGCAGAAUUCUUGUUCUAUGAUCAAUCUCGCCGAGGAAACCCGAAGAAACCUUGCCCCGGAACUUCUUUACGAUACCAUGGCUUCGGUCAUGUAUCACCUUCUCCAUAUGAACUUUGAUCCCGGUUCGAUCGACGAAGCGGUACGACUCGGUCUUUUGGGUAUGAGCUAUCAUGCUUUUGUACAUUGGCAAGAUGUGAGGUUGCCGCACGUUUAUUUUCCUUCCGUCUACAAAAACUGCCUGUUAGACCCAAGACUUGUGGAUGAGGCACCCUCUCAGGUCAUGCUCUGGCUGCUGAUGCUUGGAGCCGUUUCAGCAUUUACGGCAUCAGACUACCCAUGGCUGAAGGAUUGCUUGCGAAAACACAUCAACAUAUGUCAAGUGCAGACGUGGAACGAGAUGCGGGAAGUCUUGAAAUCGCUCAUGUGGAUUGGCCUAUUACACGAUAAACCGGGGAAGGAGAUGUUUGAAUCCGUCUUAUAA